AUGCCCAUCGUCAAAAUCAGUACAUGGCAGGUCUCCGAGGCGCACAUCGCAGACUCGACCCUCUGGACGUCACUCGCGCAGGAGAUUGGUCAGGCGCCAGGGUGUCUAGGGGUGUACUCUGGAAUCGCUGAGGAGGAUGGGAAGAGGUUCCACAGUUUCGUAGUAUGGGAAUCCCUCGGGCAUUACGAUUCCUUCAGCAACUCUCCAGGCUUUGGCACGCUCCUUACUGCCUUCGAGCAAGUACGCUCUGGGCCAUCCCAGUCGUACUUUGUUGCAUUUAACCAGGAUUUCAUCCCGGCACUUAGCGCACCAACGACAGAGAUCCUACGAAUGAGCAUUCUGGACGGUAAGUCCACUGAGGAUCUGGAGAGCAUUGUGGGGACGAUCAAGGGAAGGAUCGACUCUGGGAAUGAGAAGUUUGCGCCAGUAGCGUGGGGCCCGAUUGUCAAGAAUCAGGAGGGUGAGGACGGGAAGCAAUUCUACUUGGUCAUUGGUUGGGAGAGUGUCAAGGCGCAUGUUGAUUUUGUGACGGAGGCAUCAUUUGUGCCAUUGAUUGAUAGUUUGAAGGAGACGGCGGCGCUGGAGAUGUUCCACUCGCAUCUGACGAGGAACGUAUGA